UCCGACAUACUUUUUCUUGCUGCUGCGGUCACACUGCGUGCGUUGUGCGUCGCGAAAAUAAUUAGUUUUAACCCGUAAAAUCCCCGUUAGAGCGAUGGAGGUAACAAGGAUCACCGUUAGCAGCAGCAGUGCAGUGCCCGUGACUGCUCCCAACGCCCCCGCAGCCCCCGGUAACGCCACGGCAGCUGCGAGCACACUAAUCCAAGCAGGCGUGUCAUCAGCAACAACAACAACAGCCCCCAUAGCAGCAGCAACAACAACAAUAGGAAGUACAGCAGCAAACAGUUCAACUGUUAUUUCGACAACAAUACGAAAUCCGAUUCGAAAUCUACCGAUUGAACUGCAAAACGAUCAAAAGCGAAGGAGUUCGUCGCGUACGAUCAAAAGGAAGCGUUUUGAUGACGAAAUAGUCGAGUACAACAUUGCAGUGCCCACAAAUCGCGGAGGAACGGAUGCAAAUCGCAACAGCAGACCUCGGACUUCGUCCCAGAAUUAUCCCGCCUUGGUGGGCGUGCCGCACACCACGUUAGCUCCAUUGAACAUACCCAUUUCUACGCCGGAACCUCCACAAACGCCGGGUUCCGCGGAUUCCUUGUUGCCGGGAACACCUAGUACCGUUGCUUCACUGCCCCUAGCCACACCUACCACGCCUGCUCCUCUGGCCACUCCUCUUCCAGUUGCUCCAGUUGUUGCGCCAGUGGUGCAUCCCAAACCACCAGCCAUGGAACGUCCUACAACCAGCGAUCGUCGUUCUCGUUCUGUGCGUCCUGCCAGCAAGAAGUCGCAGCGCAGGAAUGGUCGUCCCAUGGGCCAAAUGGCCACUAAGGAUCUAGGCCGCUGGAAGCCCAUCGAUGAUCUUUCCUUGAUCAUCGGUAUCCAACAGACCAACGACCUAAGGAUCAUCCAUCGCGGCGUGAAGUUUUCCUGCAAGUUUACCUUGCAGGAGCUUCAGCAGCGUUGGUAUGCUUUGCUCUAUGAGCCUGCGGUGUCCAGAAUUGCGGUCUCCGCCAUGAGGAACCUGCAUCCAGAGUUAGUGGAGUCCAUUCAACGCAAGGCCCUGUACAGCGUGCAGGAGGAAGAUCUUCUUGGAACCAUUAAAAGCUCCGAGCAACCCAAGCUGGAGCAGUUCCAAGAGCUGCUGGACAAGAACGCCUCUAUCUUCUACUGCGCCCGUACUGCAAAAUCUCUCCACAACCAUUGGCUUCUGCUUAAGCAGUACAGCCUGUUGCCGGAUCAGACGGUGAAGCCUCUUUACGGCACGGAUCAACAACCACUCAGCUUCUCCGAUGCAGAGGAUCAAAUCUUCGAGCAUGACUUGAACGAGCCACGUGACGAAGCUCUGGAAAUGGAGAGGGCUUUGGCUGAUCGGCGCAACAAACGUGAUAUUCGCCUCCUGGAGAACGAGCUGUCUCGCUGGGGUGUUCUAGUUGAUUCCGUACUCGGUCCGACGGCUGCCUCGGAGUUCGACAACCAGACGCUGGCCUGUCUGUGCGGCCGUCAUGUGCGUUACCUCAUGCGUUCCAAGGAGAUCACCUUUGGCCGUGAUGCCAAGGACUGUGUGGUGGAUGUGGAUCUGGGACUAGAAGGGCCGGCUGCUAAGAUCUCCCGCCGUCAGGGAACCAUCAAGUUGCGCAGCAAUGGCGAUUUCUUCAUCGCGAAUGAGGGCAAGCGGGCCAUCUUCAUCGACGGCACUCCUUUGCUGUCGGCCAACAAAGCCCGGCUGGCUCACAACUGCACUGUGGAAAUUUCCGGGCUGCGCUUCACCUUCCUGGUCAACUAUGAGCUGAUCAACGCCAUCCGCCAGGAGAGCGCCAAGACAUCGAAUCCCCUCAACUAACUGCGCUCAGAGCGAGGACUUUAGUGUAUUUUAGUACUUAGUAAACGGAAAACUGAAUUCUGGAAUAAACAGCAUAUGAACAAUAUGUUUUACCCAUAAA